GUUUAAUCAUCCUUAUUCCCAUCCUCGACUGCUUUGAAUUAAGUGUAGCCACUGAUUCAGCAUCAGGGCAGGUUCGCAGUCGUUAAUCGGAUACACGGGCACACGGGCAUACAGGUUGAAAUGGCGGCGAUUUGGAGGAACGCACUGAGAGAAGCUCUACGAUCUGGCUGGAGAUUGUGUGGCAACAAAUUUCCAUCGCCAUUGCAAACACAUACUGGGUUUCUGUUACCAGUUGUGGCAGGUUCUCAGAGCAUCACAAAUCUUCCAAGACUUGUCCCAGAAACGUAUUUAUCCAGACCGCCCUGGCCGGAGCUGCCUGCCAUUGACCAUGUGGAAGAGGCAAAGCGACAUCAAGCGGUGGUUCAGAAAGUGAACACAAUUCUCACAUCACGGGAGUAUGGGAGGCUUUUCGCUGUUGUACAUUUUGCAAGUCGACAGUGGAAAGUGACGAAUGAAGACUUGAUCAUCAUUGAAAACCACAUAGACGUCGAGUGUGGUGAAAGAAUAAGACUCGAAAAGGUGCUGUUGGCUGGUGGAGAGGAUUUCACUCUAAUUGGAAGGCCUCUUCUAAGCCGAGAUCUGGUCCGAGUGGAAGCCACUGUUAUUGAGAAGACGGAAUCCUGGCCCAGAGUCGAAAUGUGGUUUCGGAAAAGGCACAGAUACCAAAGAAAAAGAAUAAUUAUUCAGCCGCAGACAGUGCUUCGGAUUAACACGGUUGAAAUUGCCCCAAACUUACUCUGAUUUUCUGCUCCACAAAUACAAUGUACAUUUGCGCAUGAUUGUGUAUGGUUAAUAUUAAAGUUGUCAUUUCAAA